CAAACGAAAAUAUCGAAAUGACGACUACGAUGUUUGCCCAAUUUCCCGCAUUCACCAUUCCCGUCAUUUUCUCUCCCCCAGGAAAGGUAAUUCACUUCGCCAUGAGUGCUCGUUCAUGUUGAGUAGUGGUGUGGUGUGAUGUGAUGUGAGAAGUGUCCGACACUGCCGCCAAACGUCUCUGACCGGGGUUAGUCACGCUGCGGAAGCACCUUUGUUGACACCUCAUCGGACAGGCAGAACUCUGCACCUGCAUCACACCUCUUUGUUCACUUCUGUCAUUACUCACUUUAUAGCGCGGUUCUACAGCGCAACUGUAUUAGUAUUUCCCUUCCUCUCGCUUAUCUCCUAUCUCUCUCGACUCAGCACAACUUUCUUCUUUUGGCAUCACUGCCUUGGAUAGCAAACUUUUGAUCCGUUUUUGCCUCAACUUAAAAUCGCGACACAGCGAACUCAAUAGUAAUGUCUAGAAAAGUCAUCGAGCCAUAUCUUUCUCUCAUGGCCACGCCGGAGGAAGAAUUCGCAGAAGACUAUGACGAUUUGAUUUUCAUCGGCGCCUACGACAUCCAAAUAGAAUCUCAUAUCGAGAACAAGAAAACAAGCGACGUCUCUUUCCGGAUAAAAUUCAAGUUCGGCCCAACCGACACCUGGUCUCGCGGCUGGGCCGAAGAGAUCGAUCUACACAAAUACUACCAGGACAUCGUCCUCAACUACUGGCGCAGCAUCGGUGGGCGCUGCCAAGCCACGGGGUUCACGAUGUACAAGAUACUCAGGAUCAUAGCGGAGGAGAAGAACAAGUAUCGCGUGCAGUGGGUUGGGUAUAAUGCAGAAGAGGAUACAAAUCUGGAGCCCAAGAAGAAGGUCUGGAGCAUCGCGCCUAAAGCCGUGCUUGCGUGGAAGACUCGUGCGGUGGAAUAGGUUGCACGGCGUUGGGCACGAAGAGGCAAAAAAUGUGUUUUCUUUUGUGAUUGGUGGCGCCAGAAUACCCAGCGUUGAUUUUUUUGUUGAGCGGGCGUUUGGUUAUUUGUCAUGUUGAAAGCAUCAUACCCAUAGCGUGUUUUUUUUUUUCGUUUGUUUCACAGCCCCGCACAAGCAAAAGUUCCCUGCGUUUAUAUAAAUUCAAAAGCUAAGCAAUGGCGCUCUUCAAUAUCCAAGUCCACAUCUCAGUUAUCCUCUUGCUGACUGCUCAGUCUGCUCUGUUCCUUCGCGAUAUCCUUCAGCAUACUUUGUUGCUCUUGUGCUAUCCUUGCUAAAUUCUUCGUCAAGGCACGCACCAAUUUCAAUUCGUCUUCAAAAUUCGUCACAGCUUUGCGAUAUUCCGUGACAAGAUUGAAUAUGUCUUGGUCUGAUCGCCGGUUGCUUAGCCUGUGUUGCGCGGACCGGAGUGUGUCCACUGCAUCUUUAAGUUUCAACUCUUGAGACUCCUUCUCUGUGCACCGAUACGUAAAUAUUUUCUCGAGAUUGCUGAGUCUUCCAAGCAACGUGGAAGCAUAUCUGGUGGUUUGUGGCUGGGUCGGGUUGGCCCUGCGCCUCGCGGAUCCAGAUUGGCCCUGGUGGUAGCGGUUUGAAGACAUGGCUUGCUGAUGGACUGAGUAGCGUUGAAGAGGUUUGUGAUUGACUGUCGGCGUAUCUUUGCUGGAGAGGUACUUGGGAUGUCGGACCUGGUUGGGCUUUUUUAUCUAUCCAAGGGCUUGUAACCAGAGCAGUGUUGACAGCUUUGCAUGCUCCCAGUACCGUGAUGCAGUAUCAUGAUUCUCUUGUCACAAGCUCAACGCGGCCACCAAGUUUCGC